GGAAAAUGGAGACCAAUCAGAUUACAGUUAUUAUAAAAUAUCAAGGGCUUGACUAUUACGGGAAGCAUUCUCAAGUUGCCUUAAACAUUGCUUCGGAUCUGUCAGUGCUUGAUCUUAAGAAGAAAAUAGCAUUUAAGCUAAAGAUUCCUGAAAAAGAUCAGAUUAUUUCCUUGAAAUACAUGAACCAUAUUAUUCCUCUUAAGCAUGAAGAGGCAAUACUCAAUCAGUGUGGGAUGAAGAACAGAUCUAUCGUAUAUGUAGAACAGACAGAUGUGCAUAUACCUAGUGAAGGAUUCUCCUCAGAUGAUGAACAAAGCUCAAGCAUAAUUCAUCAUAAGGCUGAUAGUACUAAGGAUGUCUCAAAGAGAUUUUCUGGAUUAAGUAAUCCCAGAUAUUUCCUAAAGCUAGGAAUAGAAAAGAAGAGACUUACAUCUGGUAUGGAGGAAGAUGAUGAAACUCCUUUGAUUAUUGAUCAAUUGAUUAAGACUAUAAGACUCGAUUGCACUCCUUCCGUUUUUAAGAAUGAAUUUGACCAAGUUAAAAAGCAAUUAAGAGACUUGAACUUAAAACAAGACAUCACUAUUGAUUCAAAAAGCCCUAAUGGAUGGACUUGAAUCCAUGCAGCCUGUCAGUAUCAAAACCUUCCUCUUGUAGAAUAUUUAGUGGAUAAAAUGAGAUGAGAUCCAAAUGUUUUAUCUGAUGAUGGAUGGAGUGCCUUGCACAUUGCUUCUCAUCUUGGAUUCCAUCAAAUAGUAGAUUUUCUUCUUAAAACUUCAAAAGUUGAUCCCAACUUAAUCGGAAGCACAGAAAGAGGAGCUGGACUGCAUUGAGCUGUGAAUGCAAACCACUUUGCAGUUGUGCAAAUUUAUUUAAUGAAUAACGUUGACAUAUACAUAAAGAAUGCAGAUGGGAAGACCCCAAAAGACAUCUGUAAAGAUGCUAAUAUCUUGUCUCUGUUUGAGAAAGUAGAGAAGUGCCAACAAGAAGGUAAGAACAACUCAGAACAACUUUACUCCCCUCGUGAAGAGAUCAAGGAAGACUUAGAAGAGAAUGAGGACUCAGUAGACUGAAAGAAAGAAGAGAAAGAGGAAGACCAAAAGAUAGACGAAGAAGUCUGCGAAGAAACAAGACAAUCUCUGAUCCUAGAAGCCCAAUAUAACAAAGAAUCUAUAUAUACAGAGGAAUACCUUGAUAGAGUGAUUGCUAAUCUUGACCAAUUUAAGAAUAACCAGAAAUUUUGCGGGUUUAUAUCCCGAGUCGGAAAGUAUUUCAUGAGCUCAAGACAAAGGUAUUUUGAGCUGAACCCGAUAAAUGGAACUUUCAUUAAAUAUAAAACUGUGAAAGACUACCCUCGCAAGCCUAGACAGAUUAUGAAUCUACUAGACAUCGCCGAUAUAUCAUUAGUCACAGAUGGAUGGUUCAUCAAGAAAGGAUGAACCUACUUCCAGAUUGCAGAUAUCAAAGGAGAUAAGCAAUAUUUCUUCUCCAAAAGUCAAAAAUUGGCUACUUUUUGGCUAGAAGAACUUAAAGAGGCUAAAAUAUUUUAUCAUUGGUUGAAAAAUAUUGCCUUUGUUGGAACGAAAUGCAGAAAAGAAUUCUCCCACAAGUAUGAUAAAAUUAACAAUGGGAUAGUUAAUGUCAAGUUAGAUACAAGAAUUUUAGACGAGAGAGGGAGUUUAGAAAGAUUAUUUACUUCAAGUGUUGGUUCUACAGAUCACUCGUCAAAUAAAGAGAAAAGAUCUCCAGUUAGCUCUGGAGCAAGUAUUGAAGAAACAAAAUCUCUUCUUCCUUUAAAGCCAAAGGUACAGGCUAGAGAAUGAUCAAGUCCUGAUUCUCGUACUCCGAUCAAGAAACUUGAAACUAGCACUCUUGACGAAGACCUUGAUAUCGGGUACAAAUCAUUCAAAAUCCUUGAUAUUCUUGGACAAGGCACUUUUGGUAAAGUAUUCAAAGUAGAGAAAAUCGAUGAUGGAAAGAUAUAUGCAAUGAAAGUUCUUAAAAAAUCAGUUUUAGCUAGAAAUAAGCAUCUAAAAUAUGCGAUUACUGAAUGAAAUGUACUCAAAAGAGCUGAUCAUCCUUUUAUCAUCAAGCUUCAUUACUCUUUCCAAACUCCUGAUUAUCUAUACAUGAUCUUGGAUUAUUGCCCAAAUGGGGAUCUAGCAAUUCAUUUGAAUAACAAACAUAUCUUUGAAGAAGAUGAGGCUAGAUUCUUCAUUGCUGAGAUGAUCCUCGCAAUGGAGUACCUUCACAGCAAAGAUAUUCUAUAUAGAGACCUCAAGCCAGAAAACAUCCUUGUCUAUGACAAUGGACAUAUCAAAAUGGCAGACUUUGGAUUAGCCAAAGAAGGAGUUAGCGACAGAAAGAAAGCAAAAAGCUUCUGUGGAUCCCCAGCUUACCUAGCUCCUGAAAUGCUGGGAACAAGGGGAGUUGGGAAAGCAGCAGAUAUCUAUCAGCUUGGAGCAGUUUUGUAUGAAUUACUUAUUGGUCUCCCUCCAUAUUACACAGAGAAUAUCAAAAAGUUAUACGAAAACAUCAAGGUAGCUAAUCUCCAAAUUCCAAAUUAUAUUUCUCCUGCAGCUAGAAGUUUGCUGAAAAAGCUCUUGCAUAAAGACCCAAAGCAAAGGAUUGGUGUAAGGAAUAAAACGGAUAUAAAGAACCAUCACUUCUUCAGAGGAAUAGAUUGGGAGAAGCUUGAAGCUGGAGAAAUCAGCCCUCCUAUCACAUUAACUCUUCAAGAUGGAGACUCUGAUAUCGAUCCUUUCGAAAAUGAGUAUCUAAAUUCAAUGCCUCAGAAACAAAUCAAAUUUAUAGACAAAGAUUACAACGAUAGCAAUAAAAAUGUGAACAGGCUGAAGCAAUUUACUUUCAUCAAAACAGAAAAGGAUGAAAGUGAUGAAGACUAA